AAAUAUGAUGAAAAAGAAGAUAAAAAUUAUAAAAAUUUAGUAGUUAUAAACGGCAAUAUGCUUGGACUUAAUGGUGAUAUAAAUGACACAAUCGACACUUUCUUUGCUGCGUCUCAUGUAUUUGAUUUACCGUUAAAAGAAAUACGACCUUUCAAUACUAGGAGGAAGCAUUUGAAAUACGCUGGACCUGCAAAGGUAUUCGUACCUUGGAUUGUUAUACCUAAAAAUAUUAGCAACGACACAUUCCACAGACCCACGCUAUCAUCGUGCUACCACAAGUGCCCAAUUAAAUGUCCAGAUACCUAUGCACCGGUGUGCGGAGUCCCUGGCAUCGUGGCGCGUGAACCGGCUUUAAUGUUCCAGAACCACUGCUUCAUGGACGUAGCUCAGUGUAAGAUGUUUUGGGAAGGAAAAAGUAGUACAUCGCACAGCUCCUCGUACGUUGAGGCUUCCUUUUUGUUCUGCAUGGGAGAUGAAAUGAAUGCCGUCUAUAGGUUCUUACCCGCUAUAAGGACGCUGCAACACAUGGGACGUCUGAAGAAGAAAGGAAAAUUCAGAGCCAAAUUAAGAAAUUUUAGAUAUUUGAGUGAGUUCAGAUCGGGACGUCCUAAAUUUAUGGGUUGA